AUGUCGGAUAUUAACCCCACGGAAACACUGGAACAACUCCAGCAACUGCAGAAGGAGAGCGGAGAUCUAAAAUCGCAGCUCGCGAUUCUUCGUAUCAGCGAACCGAUCUUCUCGCCUGAUGCCGAGAAUCAGACACACUACAAGGAACUCUUCUCAAAAUUACGCUUUUCAUAUGUCGAGCAAGUGACGAAAGAAAAGUUUCUACGUGCCAUUGUCGGCGAUCCGCCCCUGGUAGUCGGUCAUAAUGAGAACGUGGAACUCGAGACGCAAUUAGCAGAGGUGAAGGCGGAGCUUAAGGCAAGCAAAGAGGAAGUUCGCAUGAUGAUUGAAGAAAUGGAGAAGACAGGUCGAGACCUCGCCCAUCGUUACAACAAUGUUGAAUUGCAGAUGACACAGCUCUCCACUUUGCCCGAGUCCAUCGAGAAUCUAGAGUCUUCAAUUGCCGAACUGCGUGCUAAACAGGCAUCCGAUUCAGACGUUUCAUCCUCCCAGAAUCUUCCGCUUCCUGCAACUCUGUCGCUUGUGGCUGAGCGAGAAGCAGAACUUGCUGCGCUUAACCGACAGCUUGCCGCAGUACAGAAUGCUUUGCCUCGCAAGACACGGGAGGCGGAAGCAAUGGAGCGAGAGCUAGGUGUCCUGGAACGACGAAAGUCAGAGGCUAUCGCCCAGGCUAAGGAGGCAGAGAGGAAGAAGCAAGAGGGGGAAAGCGAUGGACUAGAGGAGACAGGAAGAUGGUACAGAAGUGCGGAAGAAGCACUCAAACACUUGGUAGGCGUUGAAGGAUGA